AUGAGUAUCGUAUCCAAUCUACCAAUGGCUAUGGGAACCGACGAACAGCGAGUCAUACAUCCCUUCUUCCGACAAGAAUUUGGUGUCUCCGUCAAAUCUACAGCCUCAAAUGAACAAAUACCGCUAGUGGAUACCCACGCACACGAGCUUCAACCGACAAGCAGGCAAAGCUCUACGCAUGGGCAGGGGCUACAGGCCCCAGAGAACAAUGAUUCUAAUGUCUCCAACAUAAGCAAUGAAAAUUCCGUGGAUCUCGACGAAGACCUAAACGAGGAUCGGAGGAAGAGGCGCAGAACGGACAAACCCCAAACCACCGAACCCAUUGCUACGUCCAGUGCAGUUCUCUCAGAAUGGCUCGGCCACAGCGCAGCCAAUAAUAACACACCUCCAUCAAUCGAUAAUCCCUUCGAGACCAAAAUCAAUUUGUCCAUAUCUCAUCCCGAGGCUCCGCUGGCGGAGACCCAACUUCCUACAGACGAAGCCCAACCAUUGACACCUGACGAUAACGAGAAACCAGGAGGUCGAGUUCCAAGGACCUCUGUAAGGCAGAAAACUCUCAGACUGAAUUCGAAGGGAGGGUUCCUGUCGUCACCCGCCCCUAGUCCUCCUAGAGAGACACAGAAGAGAGCGACAGGGAAGCGGGGGAGACCGCGAAAAGCCGAGCAGAAGGUGGUGACGAUCAAGUAUAGUUUAGGCACAGAAAGAAACAUCGGGAAGUUGAUUGAUGACAUCCUAGAGGGCCGAGCGAUUCAAAAACCUCCUGCUACUAUACUCUCUGUUCAGCCACGCAAGACGAAAAGCCAAACCCGAAAGCUGACACACCCAUUUUUUAGCAAGAAAUCAGCACAGAAGCCCGGGCCCACGAGUCUGACUGGAUCCCAAUCGGACAAUCCAGAUACCGGCGUGAGCGUGCCCUCAAGCCAGAUCCCAGUCGAGGCCCCGGAUAAGAAGCGAAUAGUUGUAGCUUCGGGCAGUUCGUUUACUAACUUCCCCCGCCGUGUCUCUAAGUUUCCCGAACUGCUUGAUCCACUUUGGCCGCCGCGAGAUCUCGUGCACGUCAGAGACGUCCGCCCGCCCCCAGGCGUUAGUGGUCGUCUAUGGCAUACCACCCAGGACCAAAAGAAGUCGAAGAUUGCAGCUAUCUCAGUUAGAGACGAAGAAAACGUUCUUCUAGCUGGGACAGCUGAAGCACGGAGGAUCGCCCGCCUGUCAAAACAGGACUACGAUGCCCUAGCUAUUCUUCGACAUCCCGUGCGACAUGUUGCCAGUAGUCAAGUCUUGCAUACGGCAAUGGAAAGGCAGAUGUCGUGGUUCUCACCAAAUCGCCAAUUUCCUUGGAAUUCUUCUAGUCCGCCCCUUGCCAGACUUCGCUCGGCCCUACUCACGUCAGUUUCGGCCUUCGAUUGUGCAACCUACGAACAGCAGCUUUGGACGCACAAGUACGCCCCUCAGUCAGCUGAAGAUGUCCUUCAGCUUGGCCGUGAACCACAUAUGCUUCGAGACUGGCUAAGACACCUCAAGAUCACAGCAGUUGACACUGGAAAAUUAUCGAAAGAGAACGCGAAAUCGACAUUGAAGCGGGAGAAAAAGGCGAAAAAGCGACAGAAAUCCGACAAACUCGAUGGUUUCGUUGUCUCGAGCGAAGAGGAGGCAUCCGAGAUGGACAAUCCCUCUGGCUCAGACGAUGAAUUAGCAGGCGGCGUGACCACAACGCCUCAACGGACUGUCGUCAGGUCGGGUGACGUAGCAUCUGUUUUACAUGGAGUAGAAAGAAAGACUCCAAUGACCAAUGCGAUUCUCAUUAGCGGCCCGGCUGGAUGCGGCAAAACCGCUUCUGUCUAUGCCGUUGCAAAAGAGCUUGAUUUCGAAGUCUUCGAGAUAAACGCCGGAAGCCGACGAAGUGCCCGGGAUAUGCUCGAGCGAGUUGGAGAUAUGACGCAAAAUCAUCUUGUUCAUCUCCUCAACGAAUCCGAGAAUCGAACGGACAACGACAAGGAUUCUGCCAAGCAAAACAAGCUGAAGAGCUUUUUCAAAGCCCCAUCCUCAAAAGCUAGCAAGCCGGUCUAUCAGUCCGGCGAACCUAGCCCUAAGCCCGAAACUGCGCCUAAACGCCCCCGGGAGCAAAAACAAUCUUUGAUCCUGCUAGAAGAAGCCGAUGUCCUUUUUGAAGAAGAUCGACAGUUCUGGACUGGUGUCUUAACUCUCAUAAGCCAAUCUAAACGACCGAUCAUCAUUACCUGCAACGAUGAGAGUUUAAUCCCUACUCAAGAUAUGUCUCUUCAUGCCAUACUACGAUACCAGAAGCCCGCUUACGACUUCAGCGUCGAUUACUUGCUUUUGGUUGCCGCCAAUGAGGGACAUAUGUUGAAGAGAGAGGCCGUCACUAGGCUUUAUCAAGGAUCCGGAAUGGAUCUUCGGCAGUCAUUGAUGGAUCUGACAUUUUGGUGCCAGAUGGGCGUUGGUAGCGAGAAAGCGGGCUUGGAUUGGCUGCUUCCUAGCUGGCCACCUGGGUCCAAUGUGGAUCAUGAUGGGGACCGACUGCGGGUUUUGAGCCUCAACACCUACGAGCGAUAUAUGGGCUGGUUCAACCGUGAUAUGAUUUUGACGCAAACCUCUUUGGACGAAGAGACCGAAAUCAUCCGCAACAGCUUCCAAUCGUGGGGUCUCGGCCUGCAAGAUUCCGAAGACAUGGCUGCGAAGAACGAAGUCGAACUCUUGCCCCCUGAUCAACUCCAAUCUAUUCCCAAGACAACGCAAAUUGACAUGCUGUGCCGGGAAGCGGAUUACUAUGACAUGAGAAGUUCUCUCGACAUCCUUUGCUCCGAUCUUUCCACGGACGCAAGCAAUGAUGUUAUUGAUAUGUCCGCUCCACCGCUGCCACAAGGCUAUAGAUCGAACUAUCUCGACAAUUACCCACUCCUACAUACGGAGUUGCGAACGGAGUAUUCAUCACUCAGUGAAGCUGUCAGCAGUACCUUCGAUGCGUUGAUAAGCAAAACUUUCCGUCCCACAACCGCCGAGGACUUGGAAUCCCUAUACGCGAACCGAGUCUUGAGCAAGGCCAUCGCCUCUGCAAUGCCCCCAAAAACGCCUCCAUCCACUCUCCCUCAAUUCCAGCGUAUCUUCGAACCCAUCAUGCGUGCCAACUACUCAAACCCCACACCAACCGCCCGCCACGCCCCCUCAUUCGAGAAUGGAAUUGCACCGAUCACGGAAGACUUGGCCCCGUACAUCCGCAGCAUCAUGGUCUUCGAUGGCCGCCUCCAGCAAUACCGCGAGAGGCUGUCCGCGCUCACAGCACAGGAGCACGGGCGGGGCGAGAAACGUUCACGUACGACACGUGCUAGUCGUGCGGCCCUCGAAGGAGGCGAUAAAGCCUCGACGCGCAAGGAGAGGUGGUUCGCUAUAGACACACCUUACUACAAAGUGCAAGGCACUGCAGGUCCAGAGUGGCAGCACGUCUUGUUCCAGAUGGGAUAUUUCCAUGUUCAACCUAUGGUUGAGACAUCCCCCGAGCGCAGUGACCAUGGCUUGGAUGCCAAGGCUAUGGUGAACGCCGAGUGA